CGGCAUCGUCUUCCUCAACAAACCAAAACAGGGAAGCAGCUCACCUUCGACAUCCGCCAUGAGAGCAUCGCCCCUCCACCCUCCCAUCCGCUGCUCUCCCCACAACCCAUCGCCGCCGCAGCCGCCGUCGCCGCGGCCGCCGCCGCCGCCGUCUUCCCUCUCGUCCUCCACCACAACCCAGUUGGCCACGAAGGUCCCCAGGAGCCUCCUCCACAAGCACCCGCUCUACACCCCGACCCACCCCCACGUCUCCCUCCAGUUCAAGGAGAAGAUCCUCUGCCUCGAGAUCAUGGGCAUCGACGCGAGCCGGGCCCUCGCCCUCAACCCGUCCCUCCGCGGCGCCUCCCUCCACUCCAUCCACUCCGUCGUCUCCUUCCUCCAGUCCAAGGGUGUCCACCAGAAGGACCUGGCCCGGAUCUUCGGCAUGUGCCCCCGGCUCCUCACCGCCGACGUCGAGUCCGACCUCUGCCCCGUCUUCGGCUUCCUGUCCCGGGACCUCCGCGUCCCCGACCACGGGUUCCGGCGGGCCAUCAACAAGUGCCCGAGGUUGCUGGUCUCGAGCGUACGAGACCAGCUCAGGCCUGCUCUGUUUUACCUCCAGCGGCUCGGCUUCGACGACCUCCACGCCCUGGCCUACCAGGACCCAAUCCUGCUCGUGUCCAGCGUGGUGAACACGCUGAUCCCGAAGCUCAGGUUCCUGGAGAGCGUCGGCUUCUCGCGGGACGAGGCUGUCGGGAUGGCCCGGCGGUGUCCUGCCCUGUUCACAUUCAGCAUCGAGAACAACUUCAAGCCGAAGUUCGAGUAUUUCCGUGGGGAGAUGGGCGGGAGGCUGGAGGAGCUGAGGGACUUCCCUCAGUACUUCGCCUUCAGCUUGGAGAAGAGGAUAAAGCCGAGGCACGUGGCAGUGGUCGAGAGUGGGGUCGGAUUGGCCUUGCCUGUGAUGCUCAAGACCACCGACGAGGAGUUCGGCAAGCUGAUAAGGCAGGGACUUGGUGGAGCUGGAUGAGGCUAGAUGGGUCCUUUUUUUCCUUCUUUUUUUGUCUGUACAUUGCUUUCUUUUUGUAUAAUACCAGAAUGAUUGAAGAACGUUGAGGGCUGCGGUAAUUUGAUCUGCCUCUCUUUAGUC